AUGGCUGACUUCUUGCAGCUCGCGGUUGAGAUAGCCCGUCGGUUCAAUGGUGAGAUUAUCAAUGGCGAUGCCAUGCAGAUGUAUAAAGGUCUGCCGAUCACGACGAAUAAAGUUACCGAAGAAGAGCAGAAAGGUAUCCAUCAUCACCUCCUUGGAUGUAUUGGCCUGCAAGAAGCACCGUGGACGGUGGGAAAGUUUGUCAACAGCGCCCUGGCGAUAAUUAAAGACAUCCAUACUCGAAAUAAGGUUCCAGUCGUUGUAGGAGGAACGCACUACUACACGCAGUCGCUCAUCUUCAAGGAGGCACUUAGCGACUCGGGUGAUGGGAAAGGUGAUGCCACCGUUUUUGAGGAGGCGUAUCAACCAAGCAAAACGCAUAUCAUUUCAUCGCAAUUCCCAAUCCUUGAUGCCCCUACUGCGGAGAUAUACGCGAAGUUGCAAGAAGUUGACCCGGUUAUCGCCGCCAGAUGGCAUCCGAACGACAGGCGAAAGAUCCAACGGUCCCUUGAAAUCUAUCUGAAGACGGGGAAAACGGCAUCGGAGACAUACAGCGACCAGAUGAAAGUCCGUGAGGCGCUGUCUUCUCCUGCUCUAGAAACUCCGUCUGCUCGGGAAGAAGACGGCCAAGAGGCUUCUAAUAAUGAAUCCUCGCUAACACGCUUCCCCACCCUCAUCCUCUGGCCACAUACCGACAGCUUGACGCUCUAUACCCGCCUAGACUCCCGUGUCGACACCAUGCUCUCUACAGGCCUCCUCUCCGAAGUCGCCGAAAUGGAUUCCUUCUUCUCGCAAUCGCCUCAGCCGAUCGACUUAACCCGCGGCGUAUGGGUCGCGAUUGGCUACAAAGAAUUCUCUGCCUACUCCGCUGCUCUGCGUUCAGGGCCAACUGAAGGAAAUGAGGAAGAGAAUACUGCUAAAGACGUAGCGCAGAUUCAAGCGCAAUCAAUCGAGAAGACGAAAGCAGCGACGAGACAAUACGCAAAGCGACAGGUCCGUUGGAUCCGGAUCAAGUUGUUGAAUGCCGUGAAAUCUGCACAAUCACUCAGUUCUGACCCGCUCGCUGUCCCGAAAAUGUAUCUCAUUUCUUCAACCUCCGCACCCGAUUUCGAUAAGCAAGUUGUGGAGCCGGCAUUAGACCUUACCUCGAAAUUCCUUGCAGGCGAGGACCUGCCCGAUCCCGAGAGCUUGAGCGAGAUGGCGAAGGAGCUGCUGGAGGCGAAACGGGGGGAUUUUGGGCAGAGCAGGGAGCUGUGGGAGAAGAAUGUUUGUGAGCUGUGUGGGGUCACGACACUGACGAAGCAGGAAUGGGAGGUACAUGUUAGGGGCAGGAAACAUAGACAGGUUUUGAAGAGGAGGGCGAAGCGGGAGAGACCGUCACGUGGUGUUGAGGGUUCAAAAAAGUGCGGCGAAGAGAAUGAGGAGGGAUCGGGGGAUGUCAUUGACGGUUAUACGUCCCCUUGA